ACUUUUUCGGCCUUUUUUCCAUCUCUACGAAGAAAGACUAACCAAAUGGAAGACGCUUUGAACCAUAAAAAAUUGCAAGAUAAAAAAUCCAUAAAUGUUGAAGUAACUCAAGGAUAUAGUUCCAAGUCAGAAGAGGAUGAUCAAAUUCAAUAUCAUGGAUCUCCGUUGUCGGAAAUGGCUCUGCGGCGUCAGAGAAAGCUCGUUUUUCUUGAAAUAUGCCUCUGCGAGUACAUCGUACGUUCCCAUUUUCAUUAUAAUGUAAAGACAUUUCCUCCACAAAGUUUGCUCACUGUGGCCAUAAAGCUGGGGGAUAUGCUGGAGAUCGAAAGCUUCUUUCCGGACAUGGACUUAAUGGAUGAAAUGUUGAUUAAAUUUACAAAGGGUGUGGUUCCAGUGAAGAACCGCAGGAUUCCUUCGUCCCUGGAUCUUCGCGACAUAGUCGCCUACUGUGGAAACCACGGACAAAGACCAGUUCUUGAGAAGGAAGAGGCCCUCGAAGCUUCUGAAAGCCCGAAUCCAAAGAAUAAAGAUUCAAGGGAUCAAGGAAGCGAUGAUGGCGCUGUCAUCGAAAAGCUUAUAGUCAUCAAUGAUGACAAACCCCUUGUUCCGACCAAUGACGACGAGGUGUCUGAGUGUGAGUUGGGACCGAGCACAUCGAAUGCAAGUAAGAGGCGAUCCAUUAAGGACGGUAACAUCGAUCCGGAAAUGGCGCCUGUUGUUUGCAACAAGGAUGCGUUGCGUCGUCUAAAGCCAUUGAAGAAAUUCGCUUUAAUCGAAGAAAACCAUCCUGCGUUCGGACUUCUCACGCAGCUUGACAAGAUCUUCGCCAAUGCUGCGGAGAAGGAUACUAAAAUAUAAAUACCAGGAUCUCAACAUAAAAUAUUUAAUGGAUCUCAAAAGACUCAGGGUCAGAAUCUUGUGAUUCAUCGUAUUCCCAAUACCAUAUAAAGAUAGCUUUAACAUUGUUAUUCAAGUAAAACUUGAACAAAGUUAAUAUCGUUAAAGAUAUUAUUUUUUAAAAAUAAAGACAUAUUAAGAUGUACUGUUUACAUCUGUCAUUAUAAUUAAAUGAAAUGUAA